AUGUACAGAAGCUGCCUUUUGGAAAAGGAAGUGGGCAUGUACCCGGGCACUCUCAGGAGCCCUGCGGGAGGCGGCACGGCUGGGGCUGGCAGCACUGGGGGCGGUGGGAGUGCGCUGCCAGUCUCCAACUUCAUGGCCGGCCCAGCUUACACUCACUACAUGGGGUACUCUCAUGUGGCCAGCAUAGAUCUUCACCAGACGUCGUUAGCGGCCUGGGGCUCACCCUAUAGCCCUCCACCGGAAGACUGUAGCGCGUCGUACCUAGGGCCCUCUGGUGCAAUGAGCACGGUGCCCAUGAACGACGUGACCUCGAACCCGACCGCUUUCAGCUCACAGGAAUACAGGAACCUUGACCCUGCAGACUAUGGAAGUACUGGUGGCAGCCUGCCAGUUGUGGCUGGCGGGUCACUGUUCCCCACAGAUGCUGGAACCUCGGUCGCCUGUUCUCCCAGCAAAAGCCACUACAGCCCCUAUGCUUGGACGCGCAAAGCCAUUCAGGGGACUGGGAAAACCAGAACAAAAGAAAAGUAUCGUGUGGUUUACACAGAUCAUCAAAGGUUGGAGCUGGAGAAGGAAUUCCACUGCAAUAGAUACAUUACUCUUCGGAGGAAAUCAGAGCUGGCAAUGAACCUGGGCCUUUCUGAAAGACAGGUGAAAAUCUGGUUUCAGAAUCGCAGAGCCAAGGAGAGAAAGAUGAUAAAAAAGAAAAUCUUGCAAUUUGAGAACAGUGGAGGCUCCGUGCAAAGUGACUCUGGCUCUAUCAGCCCUGGGGAACUAUCUAACGCUUUUUUCACCACUGCAUCUGCUGUCUGUGGAUUUCAGCCUAUUGAGAUACAGCAGGUCUCUGAAUGA